UGCUACAACUUUAGCGCCAAAAUAAUUCCAGAUACGGUCGGCGGUUGGGUUAUCCCUGCAUUGAAUUCAUUGUAUUCGCGGCGACCAGUGUAGAAGAAACACGAAAAAAAUAUAACAGCAAAGUGGCAAAAUAGCUGGGCAUAUGUAUCUGGGCAGCCGGAUACUCAGCCGGAAUCAGUUCUGUCAGUGUGUGGACAGCGUAGACAGUUCUGCUACAUCUCUCCUACGGAUCGGCCACGUAGAAAUUAUUUCUGUACUGAGUUUGGCUAAGCGCACGGUGGCAAGGGUGAGGAACCACAGAUGAAAAUCGUUAGACAGUGAACUUGUUUAUUUUUAUUUCUAUAUUAUAUUUACUUUGUUGGUGUUUAUCGAAAGGCUCUGAUUAAGCCUGAUUGAGCAUAAGGAAGACGUUGAGUAACCUUGAGGUAACGCGUAUUUGCAUGAAGAGAAACACAGUCGAACGAGCUAAUUGAAUAUCCUCCGGAGAUAAAAAGUAGCCCGAUAGCCUUCAAAUAUCGACAGCAGCUGGCGGCUACGGAAGACCGUGAUUACAAUUAGACGAGCCGUGUUUCUUUAUGUGUGUGUUUCUCUCUAUUUACGGCUCGUGAUCCAUAUAUAUCCGACUUGAUUGCUCGACGACCUCGAAGAGUGCGUCGGAUUGCGAUGCGUUCAGGAAAAACGGCCCGCUUCGCAGGAGCAGAAGAAUGUGGCUUUACUCCAUAAACUCUACAAAUUCCGUUUGUCCUCGCGGUUCGAGUUUGGCAUCAGACAAUCUAUAUGAGGUGGAUUCAUCACCGGAGGGUAGCAGCAGCAGCAGCACUUCGGAUCCAUAUAGAUUGUUUGCCUUUCCCGAAUCGCAUUCACCUCCAACCCCAUAUGAAACUACUAGGCAGCGUGAAGCAGCUCGACGACGUCAAGCUAAGGUCAAAGCUGGAAAGCGGCAGCUAGAGCAAAAUGAACUGCAAACCUGUGACGAAGCUUGCAGAAUAACUUUGUUUGAAAACGAGCUGUCAGAAAAUGCCCGACAGCGCCAAGCAUGUUGGAAGCCGGCUGGCAAGUCAAACGCUUUCAGAACAAAACUGUCUCAAGAUAGAUUAGGUGGGAAUGGUAAAUUAAACAAAAGCGUAGAGAAAAAGAACGAGGGUCUAAAACGUAAGGCUCAGAGAGUUAUAGCCAAAAGACGGGUUCACAGAAUUCAUAACGUUAAUCAAGCCAGCAAAGAUAAAAAGAAGGUCUAUUGUGAAGUAGAACAGAAAUUACUUGUGAAUCAGGAAAUUCGGGAUUUAUCGCUAAAACGAAGCUCAAGCAAUACAGCUUGCGCGUCCCUAAAAGAAAACGUGAGGCCAACGCUAACGUUAGGCCACCAACCCAGCAAGGCACAAGACGAAAAGAAAUUAGAUCAGGUGGUUACUUCGGACAACGCUCACAAACUGCUGUUGGACUCUGACGGGAUCGAUCGCAUCUUCGACAGUGUCGUAGUCAUGCCAGCCAUGUAUAGCACAAAAGCUAACAGCUACAAAGCCGAUGGCGUUUUCCGAGGUCUAUCGGCCUGCGCCAUUAGAAAAUCUCCACUUCUGAUUAACUCGACACGACGAUAUGAUGGUAUUAACACGACAGCGAAAACAAAGAUACGUGACAAUGUCUCGCUUUUCAAAAAGAGAACGGUUAACGAGCUGAAUAGUGGUAGCACUGAUGCUGUUAUUAGCGGCAAUUGCAGCAAUUUCCAGUUACAAAGUCGAGCUCUGAUGAACUAUUCGCCGGAGUUGAACACUGAAGUCCGCAUUGGCAAUACGGAACAAUACAGAUCCGAGGUUAAUGGUGCAGAGCCGCUACUACUGAAGCACGCGGCAUCACCUCGUCAGGUCACGUGUGACUCCAGGUUGAAAAAACCACAGCAGCGUCGGAGCCAGACAUCAAACAAUAGAUUUCCACGAGAAGUGUGGAAGGGAGCGGCGGUUCGACGCGAGCGUUUUGCACAACUUGAGGGGAAACGCGUCAAAACUGAGCGAACAGUUAGCAUCACCUCAAUAAAAAAUUCAAACAAUCAGUUGAGCGUGUUGAAUAAACCUAACGGGCGUGCUAUAGAUGGACAUAGCUCAGACGAAGAUGCGAAGAAAACGGGUACCGAUGAGUGCCAAAGUGGGUAUGAUCAAAAAGAAAUGGCACGACGGCGUUUAGUUGACGAAUGCACUCAAAGGGACUGUUACGUUGUAACGGCACGCUAUGAAGAACCUGGAGGGCACACGAGUUUUCGCCAUGCACAUGCUGCGACCUCUACGAAAGUCGACACCAAACAGGCCACAAAAGCAGUGAGAGAUCAGGCUGUUAAAAGAUCCGGUGAUAGUGGAAGUGUCAAAGGCAAUCUACCAAAGAAGUCAAGAACAAAUGCUGAAAUGCUUGGAGAUUCUCCAAUACAGAUACUAAAGGUAAUUUCAAGAACCGGAGGUGCUGUUUCCAAAAACGGGAAGGCUAGUCGGAAAAACGGAAACUCCCGCCCGAAAAGGCCGGAGAUAGAUAAGGGAAGAUCGACCGCACUUGCUAAUAAUAUUUCACCCAAGGCUCAAACAACCUUCGCAAGCAGUAAAAGCUCUUCCCUCAAGGCGACAAAAACCGAUGAAGGACCACAAAAUUUUUUGUCCAACAACGAUAGAACUAGUGCGGAAAUUGCAAUCGUCUCGCCAAAAAAGGCGCCCAAAAAUAGUACAAAACCUAAUAGCGCCUCACCUAAAAUGGCGAAGGCGGGCUUAAAACGAGAACAAACAGUCGGUAAAACUCCGCCCAAAAAAUCGAUAGCGAAUCCGGCAAAUCCGUUAAUAAAACAGUCGAAAAGAGAUAUCAAAAAUAGGUCGCCGAAAAAAAGUCAGCUGCCUCAAGACAACGAUGGACGGCAACCAAGUGCGUCAUAUACAAGUAUUUUGGACAUUGAUUUAAGUAACUUGGAAUGUUCGAUCGAUGAAACGGAGGCUGGCAUUUCGUCUGAAGCUCGAAAUCUGAUGGUAAAGUCAAAACCGGUUCCUAAAAAUAGACAUACAUCACAGUCAGCAUUCGUAAGCUUUCCUCGGAUCAGUAUAGCCUCACUCUUCCGGCGGUCGUUUAGUCGACUGGAAGAGAAGCACUCGUGGAGUGAGCAGAAACGUCCUUCCAUCUUGGAUGAGAAAAGUUGCAGAUCGUGCUUUGUUCAACUCGAGAGGAUUAAGUAUGAAAGGGUGCUGCCUCUGGUGAUACCCGAGUAUCCGGUGAAUUUCACUUAUUUACUCAACUCGUGGGAUAUCGAAGUUGUGGCAAAGAUCGGCGAGGGCUCGUUUUCAGAGGUAUUUCAAGUACGGAAGAUUGAGCCAUCAGGUGAUGAAAACACUCAAACCGAGUACGUUAUUAAGGUCGUGCCAGUAGGAAAUCACGGGCAACCGAAAUUCGAUGAUUUAUUGCCAGAAAUGCAUAUGAGUCUCGCCGGAAGGGAUCUCCAGGAAAGCGACGUAAAUCGGGCUCCAACGUUCAUAGGUCUUCAGGGAAUGCACCUUGUAUACGGAGAAUUCACCGACGAAAUGGCCUCCGCUUGCCAGAUCUUUGCAACUAAUUUUCCUGAUGACGCGGAACACCCACUACCGAGUGAACGUCCUGUAGACCAAUAUUUCAUCGUGUUUUUCACCUCGUACGAUGGCGUGGAACUCGAAACGAUUUUGCCUAAGUUGACAACCGAGCAGAAAUGCUCGAUCGUUUUGCAGAUCACGCUAGGUUUGGCUGCCGCCGAAGCUGCAUUCGAUUUCGAGCACCGCGAUCUUCAUUUGAGCAAUCUCGUCGUUAGCGAUUAUGAAAUCAAUAAUAAUGAUACCUCUAAUGAUGACGAUGGCGGCUGUGCCUCAAUUGCCACCACUGUUAGCAGCGACAACAAUGAUCACAGUUCCAUGAUCGAAUUUCGCGUUGAGGGUAAGUCCUACUGGGUGAAUUCGUUUGGAAAAAAGAUUGCCCUUAUUGAUUACGGAAUGAGCCGGCUCGUCGUCGACGAAACCCUAUACACAUCAUUUAGUUCAUCAAUACUCGAGGGUCACAAUUUGCAGCGGAAGACAUAUCGUGAGCAGCAUAAACUGGUUGGAGGCAUCGGUAACUACCGCACUGCGAUGCCCGAAACGAACGGUCUAUGGAUCAAAUUUCUUAUCUGUAAGCUGUUCCCCAAGCGACCGCUGAAUCCGAACAAGGCGCAGUACGCCAUUCAGGUCAACCAGCUAUACGAGGCUCUCAUGUUGAAACCGGUAUGCGCCCGAAACUGCCUUUCUCUUUUGGCAUUCAAUGGCAAUGGUGGUCUGCCGACGUAGGAUAUGUUAAUUCAAAAAGCAUAAUGUCAGCGGUGCUAUGUGAUGGAAAGUGCUGCUGUACAAUAGAAAUGGAAGGAGUUGCCAACAUUGAACAUCACGCAUUAGCUUAACGGGUGAACGCAUUGCGAAGAGUGGCAGGUGGGGUGGUUAAAUCUAAAGCAUAUCGUGUUUAAAAAUGAAAUCUGGAAUAAUGCGAAUACAAUGACAAUGUACAAACGACACGUUAGCAUACAUCUAGCGUCCUGAGAAAAUCAGCAGGUAUUGUUACCAUUUACAUACUAAAUGAUAGAGGUAUUAAUAGAACGACAAUUAUCGCUUACGUGACAAUCUCUAGAUGAAUCAUCUUUAAACGAUGGAAUAUAUUCCCAUGCCGGCCACACCCGUAUGUAAACAUACCAUUCUAGCAUAGUAGUUCAAGGUUAUUCAACCCUGACAAAAAUAAGCAAAGCCCUAAAAACAUGUCUCUGUCCAAGACGUGUGCAAGCUGUCUCACUCUUUUACCCGAAAUGUGCUUGUCAAGCCAUUAGACAGAUUUCAUGUGCGCCCAUUUCAUCCGCUCAUCAACUGUGCUUGUUCGUGUCUCUUACCACAAACAAAGAGCAGCGUUUUGUCUUUGAAUAUCGAAUGCAGACCUGUUUACACACGUAUACAUAUAUAUAUAUAUAUAUAUAUAUGUAUAUAUAAUAUAUAUAUAUAUAUAUGUCUGCUGCAGCGGUUUCAAGUGUAUUGUCCACCUUAGUGUUUUUUGGCUGCCUGCGUUUGCCUACCGAUAGCAUUCACGAACUAUGAAAAUCGAGAUAUUGCCGCCAUGUUGUUGCUAUAUAAUAUCUCAGCAGGUGCAUAGCAUGUCGGCCCCUCCCGUUCCUGUAACCAUUUUCCACCCUUGGUUGAAAUCUUAUAAUAGAAACUGUGGUAGUAUUACGGCAGACCGUGAUACAGUGUUUUAUCGCUUGAUCUAGGUUAUGUGAAAUUCCGUGGCUAUUGACACAAAUAAUUCUAUCAAGUUUCGCGUGGCAGUAUAGAGUCGUGUAUAUAUGCUAUGCGUGUUCAAUAUCUUGGUGCAUAUAGAUGUUCGAUUAUGUAUUGGUAUUGCUUUUAGGGCAGUUGUUAAAUAGAACCUAUAUUGCAAAAUAAAGGCUGAGCCGGCAAUAUUCAUAAUAUUAUAAGAUAGUAAUGUUACUUAUAUUAGGUUCGAUAAGCUCUUGGCCCAGAACCCGGUGGCGUUUUAUGUAGUACUAGAAGUUAGUUUAUGUUGACACACCGUCACCUGAAUUAGAAUGUUAUUUGAAAUCACAAAUUAUCGUGAAAGGCCACACGGCAAGUCAAAAGAAAAAAUCUAUGAAGCCGACAAAUUUGGGAAGCGAUGUUGCGCACUUCUGAAGCUAGUCUACUGAACCAAACGCAAAUAAAUUUUAAAGUACGUGCUCAUGUUAUUCUCUAACUUUUGACGAGGAGAAAGUUCGUCCUCCAAACUUCUUUUUAUUAUUAUUAUUAUUAAAUAAAAAAGACUGCAAAUAAAAAAAAAUAAAUGUUAAAAAUAUUCUUAAAACUUUAAUCAAGUAUAGAAGUAUAGAUCUUUCUAUUACUCAUUUUGUUAAUAUAACGUUUAUGAUGACACAUUAUGACAUUAGCACUAGCAUAUAGCAGCUGUGGUACGAUGUAUUCAAAGUAAUGAAAUUCGUUUUGUCAAGAAAUUCAUUGUAUAUAUUCAUUAUAUUUGUAUAGCACGCAUUACCUAUUGAUUGAAGUUGGAAGAUAAAUACAGCUGGUGAUCACUGUUGUUAGACGACGCUUCUGUUUCACAAUAGAAGAAGUUUAUUUCGCUAAAGCACGCAUAUGUUCAAGUAGCCUUUACCUCUGUCAACCCCCCUAGAGUUUUAAGCAAGGCAGAAUAAAUCUAUAAUCCUUUUAAUGCAACCAAUUGUGGCUUGAACACACGUACUAAAUACAGUGAACUAAUGGCAAUGAUCAUAAUUGAUCAUAAGCCUUUGAAAAAUUGUAUCCAUUAUAUCUCCAAACCAAUGCAAAGAGUGGGAUGAUGACAAAGAGUACCGUUGUCACCAGAACAUAACGGACUGGUUAUUAUUGUAUCAUUCAAUGACGCAGCUAUAAGCGCGAUCUUAAGCGAAUGACAGCAGAACAACUUUCAAUGGGGAGGACGUGCAUAUCGAAGUAAAGAACAUUAGAAUGUGUAUGUUUCUAAGCAGUAAUU